AUGGAAGUCCAGCUUCCAGUCGAUAAUACUUCUACUAUGACAAAUAACGGACAGAGAAUUGGUGAUUCUUUCUACCCUAACUAUUCUUCACAACACCCAUAUCAACAGCAUCGACACUCUAAUGCGGAGGUGUCUCACAAUCCAGCUUCUAUAAGUGUACCUACCUUGAACUCAUACUCGUUUGACGGUGAUUUUCCCACAUCACAGCAAUAUUCACAAUACUCACAACACCCUGAAUAUUCUCAACAAUCGCAAUACUCUCAUCGUCCAAAUAAUGGCCCAACACCAAGGAUCUCCGUUCAUCCGGUUCAGCCAUAUGAAGGACGCCCACCAUCGUUGACAUCGCGGUUGUCCGGUCGACGACCCCAACCUCCUCCUUCUCAAUAUCCACCUAAUAUGUCACAGCAUCCUUCGGUUCCUCAAAGAUCAAAGUUAAUUAUUGGUACUAGCGCCUCAAAUCUUGUCCCAAACUAUUCCGAUGAAUAUAUUCCCCCUUUUCGAAAGUCAAUGGAAAACCUUCGUAAUAAAAAUUAUCAUUCAACUUAUCAUUCUGAGCGCAUUCGUUCAUUAUCAUAUUCUGAGCCAUCACCACCAUCUGCUGGUUCAGAUUCAUCAAGUACUCCUUCAUCUCCAUCUUCUUAUGUUGGGAAACAGCAUGCUCCAAUUGUUUAUCCGGCUUUACUUUCAAAGGUUGCCGAUGCAUUUAGGUCCAGGAUGAUUCUUUCAAACAGGAUGAAGGAUAACCUCGAAUAUAAAGAUUGUUUUGAUGGGAGAGAAGCUGUGGAUAAGAUCGCAUUUAUAAUGAAAACUACGGAUAGGAAUUUGGCUUUAUUACUUGGUCGUGCCUUAGAUGCUCAAAAAUUUUUCCAUGAUGUAACAUAUGAUCAUAGACUUCGUGAUUCUUCAAAUGAAUUAUAUCAAUUCAAAAAAAUAGAUAAUUUAUGUUAUAGUAUUAUUUGUCCUAGAAGGUUGGAGCAAUCUGCACGUAAGAAUAUGAAGCCAACUACUCUUGGCCUUAAACGUAGUGCUAGUCGUGGUUCUCUUUCUGACAAAAAGGAUCGAAAAUUAUGGAUUCAUACUGUUCCUCCUGAAAUCGCUAACUCUGUUUCUGAGGCGGAAAAAAAGCGUCAAGAAGCUAUAAAUGAAGUUAUUUAUACUGAGAAAGAUUUUGUACAUGAUUUAGAAUACCUAAGAGAUUCUCGACGUGAAGAAUUUGUCCAUGAUGUUUUUUAUAAUAUAAUUGACAUUUACAAUGUUAAUUCUAAAUUGAAUGAUGCACUUCAAAAACGACAAACUGCCUAUACCAUUGUUGAACAAAUUGGUGACAUCUUUUUAGAAUAUAUUCCAUUAUUUGAUCCUUUUAUUAAGUAUGGUGCACAUCAAUUAUUGGGAAAAUAUGAAUUUGAAAAAGAAAAAACCAAUAAUCCAACAUUUGCAAAAUUUGUUGAAGACACUGAACGUCUUCCUGAAUCAAGAAAAUUAGAGCUUAAUGGAUAUCUUACAAAACCUACAACCCGUCUUGGAAGAUAUCCAUUACUCCUUGAAGCUGUUCUUAAAAAUACUCCUAGUGAUCAUCCUGAUAAAGUUAAUAUACCAAAGAAACCUUCUAGAGCUGGUGAACCAUCUGAUCUACAAGUGUUUCUGUUUGAUCAUGCUUUAUUGAUGGUGAAAACUAAAACUGUAAAUAAGGCUGAACAUUAUAAGAUUUAUCGGAAGCCCAUCCCUCUUGAAUUAUUGAGUAUUUCUACAUCAGAAGGACAAUCUGAGACUAGCCGUUCGAAUUCGAAACGGCCACAGUCAAUAUUACAUGGAAUGCCUGGAAAGGCUCAAGCAGCUACUCGUGGAAGUAACAGCAAUCAAUUUGCAUUAACAUUAUGUUGUCUCGGGAAAAAAGGUUUUGCGGUAACUUUAUAUGCAACGACAGUUAUCGGUCGUAAAAAGUGGAUCGAACAUAUAGAAAAACAAAAAGAACUCAAUGAAAAAGGGAAAGUAUUUGAGAAAACUGUAUUAAUAGAAAAAAGACAUUUUCAUGAAACCCAUAAGAUUCUUUGUGCCGUAUUUUUCGAUGAUUAUCGAAAAUUAGCCUUUGGAACGGAUAAUGGUGUAUAUGUGCUAGAUAUUAGUCAAAAUCAAACAUCUGCAGUUCAAGCAUUACAAAUAGAAAAAGUACAUCAAAUCGAAAUUCUUGAAGAUUAUCGAUUAGUACUUGUAUUAACUGGUAAGGACAAAAGCCUAUAUUCAUACCCAAUUGAUGCAUUGGACCCUAGUGAUACUAAUGGGACCAGUAAGCGUUCAAGGAAAAUUAGCGCACACACCAGUUUCUUUAAAUCCGGAACUUGUCGAGGAAAAACUUUAAUAACAGUUGUAAAAAAUAGUACACUUCAAUCUACUAUCAAGACUCUAGAACCUCUUGAACAAAAUGUUAAAAAUAAAAUUAAAGGUCCAACUUUUAAACUCUUGCGUGGAAGUAGUGAUGUAUUAAAAACAUAUAAGGAGUUCUGUAUACCUGCAGAAUUAACGUCAGUUCAUUAUCUAAAAAAGAAUUUGUGCGUAGGUUGUACGAAAGGAUUUGAAGUAGUUGAUUUGGAGACUCUUAAGACGCAAGGUUUACUGCAUCCGGAAGAUACUUCACAUGAUUUUGUACUUAAAAAAGAAAAUGUAAAGCCUAUUGCUAUUUAUCGUGUUGGAGGAGGCGAUUUUCUAUUAUGUUAUGAUGAAUUUGCCUUCUUUAUUAAUAAAGAAGGAUGGCGAUCACGGCCUGAUAGGCUAAUAACGUGGGAGGGUACUCCAACUUCUUUCGCCUUCCACUAUCCUUACGUUCUUGCAUUUGAACCUUCAUUCAUUGAAAUACGUCAUAUCGAAACUGGUCUUUUGGAACAAAUUAUUAUAGGACAUAAUGUACGCUAUCUAUAUUCAGAUCCUCGUGGAAAUAUUUUGGUCGCAACGAACGAUACUAUGACAAAUAAUUCGGAAGUAUUUUCUUUGAAUAUUCCAAAUGGAAGGAGAAAUUCUUUAAUUUCGGAGGCUACGAGUAUUGCUACUCUAGUUUUUGCAUCUGAAGAUGGUAAUAAUAAGUUUGAUUCUGAAAGUUGA